AUGGGUAAAGAUCACACAAAUCGGGAUGGUACAAACAAUGUUGACUCUGAAUGGACUGACGAAGAUGAUUCGUCAGCAAGCAUUGAAGAAUUUUGUAACCCUACUGAGAAUACAGUCAUCAAUGGUAACAACUUUGAUAAGGCGCUCAUAGAGUUUUACAUGAAAAAUAAAGCUAAGAGGCUAAAACGUAAAAUCAUGGCAUCAAAAUUACGUGAUCCAUCUACUCCCUAUCACCAGCCUAAGAAGGCUAGGAUAGAAAAUGCGGAGACCACAGUUUCAACAAGGUAUUCUGGCAAAUUAUUUGCAUCAGUAAUCAGAGGAUUGACUCCUAAGCAGAUAUCUGUGAUAGAAGGGUAUGGGAUGGAUUGCAUGUUAAAGUUUGUAAAAACAGAUGUUCCACUCAGAUUUGUAAAAUGGAUAGCAAGUGUUUUUGAUACAAAUGCCUCAGAAAUCCAGUUAACAAAAAAGUUCAUACCUGUUACUAAACAAACAAUUCACAACAUUCUGGAUCUUCCAAUCGGUGGCAUUGAGCUUGUACCGGAUUGUGAAGCUGGUCGUGAGUUCCUCCUGUCCCAUUUCCAUGUUACCUCCAUUCCAAAUGUCAACUUCUUCGCAAAGAAGCUAAUAUCUGGAGAAGAUUUGUCCGACGAAGAUAUUUUCAUCUGUUUCAUGUCUGUCUGUUUCACAAGCUUCCUUUGUCCUAAUUCAAGCGUCUUACCAAGCACUCAAUAUUUCCAUAUAUUCAAGGAUUGCAAAAAUGUCAAAAGAUAUGAUCUCUCAAAGUUUGUCUAUGAUUGGUUACUGUGA